CCGGUCACUUCUCCCGUGUUUGGUUAGCGUGUUCGAGGUAAUUGCGGAUCACGUGAUUUUUGUUUUUUUAUUAUACUUUCGACUUUUUGUUUAUUUCAUGCGAUUAUAUUAUUAUUGUUUUCGAUUAUUAAGUAAUUGUUAUCCGAUAAAGGCGUAUUACAACUUGAAAUAUAUAAUCUGACGGGCGGAUUAACGUGUUUAGUUUCGAGUCUAUAUAUAACAAUACUAAUCGACAAACAUCGGAACAGUUCAAUGUGACGGAUGGAAUCAUAAAACAAUAAGCGAGUACACGUACCAAUUAAUUUAAGAAAUACAUUAGUAAAUACAUAAAUGUAGUAAUUGGCGGUUGUGCUGUUCUUUAAAUUUUGCUCUCUGCGAUUGCCGAUAACUUUUAAAACUAUUGAUAAUUAUUACGUACUAUAUAGAUAGGUGUUCAUAAAUAUUAUAAUCAAAAUGGACAAUUGGAAGAAAAUAUCGUUUUUGGUCGGUGUGUUUGCAUUCCUGAGAGAAUUCCGACCCAUCGAACCAUUUUAUGCUGCGUAUAUGACAAGUCCUUACAUAAAUUGUACAGUUGAACAGAUACCAACAGAGCUGUAUGCUGUUGGAUCAUAUUCUAUGUUUGUGUUGAUCAUAAUUAUAUUUUUGGUCUCGGAUUAUGUCAGAUAUAAACCUGUACUAAUUGUCGAUGGAUUUGGCGGAAUAGUUCAUUAUAUUGCCAUAACAAAUCGUCCUUCAAAACUCAGAAUACAGUUUGGACAGGCGUUCUUUGGGUUCUUUUAUUCCGCUGAAGUGGCUUUAUUUGGAUACUUAUACGCGAUGGUAGAAGAAAAAGAAUUUUAUCAAAAAAUAACUGGUCACGCGAGAGCUGCAACGUUAACAGGAAAAUUCUUUUCAUCGUGUCUGUCCCAAAUUCUAGCCACUUAUUAUGGAACUCCUCCAUUCAACGCGUUCGUUUAUAUGUCUAUUUUCGGCAUGUCAUCUACGACUAUAUGGGCGAUAUUUCUACCAAAAGUUAAGCAAAGUCUUUAUUUUUCAAAUAAGAAAAAAGUUGAAGAAACGUCGAUGGGACAGUCCACCGUCACCAUUUAUAACCCAGAAAAAUACAAGGAUUCACAGCUGAGCAUUGAAGCAGCUCCCAAUGAAGAGAAAGUCGACAAACCCGAAAAUAACGAAGUUGUGGAAGCAGAACAGAGCUUGAUCAAUACACUGUACAACGAUUUCAAACAAUCGUAUUCCGACCCGUACGUCCGUAAGCUCUGUUUUUGGUGGGCAGUGGCGAUGGGUGGUUACUUACAAGUGUAUGCGUACAUAAAUGUGCUCUACACCUACGUGUUGGAAGAAAAUGAAGAUACGGAGUUUACGCUGUACAACGGCGCGGCAGAAUCGGUAAACACACUCACAGGUGCCCUUUCCGCGUUUGCUAUAAGCAAGGUAAAUUGGAAUUGGUAUUCCGUCGGCGACAUUUUCUUCACCGUUGGAUCUGUUAUCGCCGCCAUUGUUUUGUUUUGUUGUGUUUACUGCCGAAACUUGUGGUACAUCUACGCUUUCUACAUAAUCUACGGAAUGAUGUAUCAGACUAUGUUGACUAUUGCAGAAUCUGAAGUUGCCAAACGAUUAAAUAAAAAAUGUUAUGGAUUGAUAUUUGGCUUUAAUACUUUUAUUGCAGUAUGCAUUAAUACCAUUAUUAUAUAUGGAGUGAUUCAAGGUCAUUUUAUUAAAAUCAACAUAGCACAACAAUUUUUGAUAUACACCGCGUUGUACGCAGUACUUGCGAUAUUCUUUUUCGGUACAUCCAUUUUGAAAAUGUUCAGAGACGAAGGAAUUGUAGAAUACAACUGAAGCCUGAAUGUGUCCUAAAUGAACUACCUAUGGAUAUUUUCCCUGGAACAAAAGUAAUUUUGUGAACAAAUAGAUUUAAUAUGAAUUUGUAUACUAGUAUAACUUUAAGCAUUCAAGAAAUCAUAUACGUGUUAUUAAGUUUAUUAUUACGUAUUUAAGUAAGCUUGUUAUAUAAUAUUUAUAAUAUUGUUAUAUAUAGACUAUUGUCAAUUAUUUAUUUAAAUUAUACAAAGCGAUUCGACAAGUUUUCUCA